AUGGCCCUGUCGCAGUGUCUGGACGACUCCCCCCUGAGAUCAGGUCCCAAACACACCAGGGCCGACGACGACCUGAACUUGCAGGACGUCUACAACGAGAGACACCGUCUGGCCCUGGAGGAGCUGCUGUCAGGCGGCCACGACCACUUCGUGGACUUCCUGAAGAAGGAGCGGAUCCCCAACUUCCUCUCCGACGACGAGAUCCAGCGGAUCCGGAGCAGCGCCGUGGCCCCCCGCUGCGCGUCCCUCCACGGCGAGGACCAGGCUCCGGAGCAGUCGCUCAGCUGCUCCCAGGACUGCUCCUCCGUCACCUACUUCCCCGAGGUGUCCGACGUGGAGCCGCCGGUGCUGGAGAUGGGCUGGCCCGCCUUCACGGCGGGGUCGUACCGGGGGGUGACCCGGGCCGUGGCGCACUUCCAGCCCAGCUACGGGGAGUGCAUCUACAGCUGCAAGGAGGCUGCGAGGCGCAUGAUUAAGAGCGCGAGAGAGGUGAUUGCCAUAGUUACGGACUCCCUGACGGACUUGGAUGUCUUUAAGGAUCUUCAGGAGGCUGGCUCCCAACGCCGGGUCCCUGUCUACGUUCUGCUGGACCAAUCGUGCGCUCCCGCUUUCCUCAAGAUGUGCAAAAACGUUGGCGUCCGCCUGGACGACCUGCGGCAAAUGAGAGUGCGAACCAUCACUGGCACAAACUACUACAUGAGAUCGGGAGCGAGGAUCACAGGGAAGGUUCACGAGCGGUUCAUGCUGAUCGAUGGAAACAGAGUGGCCACGGGUUCCUACAGGUUCAACUGGACGGACGGCAAGCUGAACAGCAGCAACCUGAUCGAGCUCUCCGGUCAGGUAACGGAGAGGUUUGACGAGGAGUUCCGCAUCCUGUACGCCCAAUCCCAGCCUCUGAACACCCGCGGACCCCCGGCGCCCCAUCCCAGCGGUGCCUACGACCACCUCGCUGUUAGCAGUUUAAUCACCUCCUCCCCUCACAGAGCCGGGCCCGUGGAGCCGCUGUGUCGGACCAGCACGCCGGCCCGCACGCCUUCCAGCCCGGCGCUGCAGCCUCCCUGGGAGCCUCUGACUCCAGAUCGCCAGAACGCCGGCCCCGCCUCCGACUGCUCCACCCUGGGGGACGACUGCGUAGAGCAGGAGGGGGUGGCGCUCGGCAGCGGCACGGCGCCGGUGCCCCCCGGCGCCGCCCGCUGCCACGCCUCGACCCAGACGAGCCGCUCGGUGGCGGACAGCGACGCCCAGACCGACCCGCAGACGGGCCCGGCGCUGGACCCUCCCCCGCCUCCCUCCCCCGCCCCGGCCAGGCGCACCCCGCUCGCCCAGGCGGCCUCGGACGGCCCCUUGAAGGAAUGCUUCCACAAGCUCUCCGAAGAGCGCCAGCACCACUACUCCAACAUCCGAGCCAAGCUGGAGCACAUCGUGAGCGCUCUGUCCCACAGGCGAGAGCUGGUGGACGUCACCAACGUGACUCACGGGCUCGGCGCCCACAGCAGGCAGAGGGCGCACGGGGAGCGCGAGCGGGACCCCAACCCCAGACUGCUGCUCGAAGGCGCCGGCAUGGGCACGUGGCCAAGAGCCAGAUGCGUACACUAGUUUGUCUUGAGGGAUUUCAGCAGAGGAAGGACUGCUCAAGGUUUUCUAAUGGGUCCUCCGUUACAGACGGGGCUCAUUCAGUAGAAUCUCAGCUCCUCUCUUUGUCUGUGCCGCUCGUCCUUACCACGCUGCAUCGU